CUUAGCGGCGUUUGCUCACCUUACCUUCGAAACUCUCUUCGAUCGAAAACUUCUUCUCCAUCAACAACGCAACAAAGAGGAAGAUCUCGAACUCAGUACCAUCAACGCAAAGCAAACUCUCAGCUAAACCCGCACAAUGGAUAUCGCUGCGCUACUCACGUUCCUCCAAACUCAGGAAGUCGCCUUCGACACUAUGCUCAAGGAAGUGUCCGAACCUGACUCCGACAAGCUCACCACCACAGUCCGAGAACACAAUGAACGAAUGAUCAACAUUGUCCGAGCCAAGUUCCCGAGUUCGGACACUGUACGCGGCCGUUCCACUACCCUUUCCGCCCGUACAUCCCGCCCCAUGUUCACUACUCCGCCCGACAUUAACAGUCCAAAAACCACCUUCGAAAGUCCCGCCAUGUCAGGAACACCCACCCCGGCCCGCCGCGUCCGUUCCGGUCCAAACACUGGCAUGUUUACCAAUGUCCGUCCCCAGAUGAUCAAGAACCCCAACACCAAUGUCCGUGUGGCAGACAGUGAUGAUGAGGAGGCUUUGGAGUGGGAUUCUGAAGAUGAAUCUCCCAAGAAGAAGUCGAAGAUUGGAGGAGGCAAGAAUGUCAAGUGAACGUCGGACUUUAAAGUCUGCUUUCCGGAAUUUUCG